AUGGCGCUCCUCGCACGUACCUUCCGGACAAUUGUGGGGCUCCCGUGGAGAUCUUUUGAGCUUCUGGACCAGACGGUGAGAUGGAGCGCUAUGCCAGAGAUGGUGGGGGAGCCGAUGUCCGAGAUCUGGGCCGAAGAUCUUUACACACCCUGCUCCACGAAGUGCUGGGUGUCCACCAAGUUCAUUUAUGACGAUGACACUGACAGCUCUGGGUCCGAGAUCAGCUAUGAAUCCGAUAUAUGCGAUGAAGAGGACGAUGAGGAAUGGAGCUACAGUGAGAGUGACGAGGAACUGGACGGGUUCAGCUUUGGGAGCGACGGCGAUGUUAUUUACUGGGGAGACCGCUGGUUCUGGACACCGCCUGGGUGUGAUGACGAUGAGAGCAUCGAUUUGAUUGUCUUGGGCGAUCCCGAAACCUCGAAUUAUGUUGUGGAGAAAUUGACGUCUGGAUCGAAAAAUACGGAUCCAGUGCGUCGCAAGUUCGAUUUGUGA